GUCUGUUGAUGUAGAGGUCCCCUUCUUCCUGAGAGCGAAAUUUAAUCCCUGCCUUCUGUUAUUGUUAACACGUUCCUUGAGUCUUGGUCACACUGUGGCUUUGCCCAUGCGGCGCUCAUUGCAGGAUUGGGGCCAAAGUUGGCCUUGCUAGGAAGGGUUUCCAUACUGGCUGAGAGAGAACACAGUAUUGACAAGGCAUCCAUACUUGAUCCCCUUUAGGAUCCUAUUCUCCACUUGCUUUCUCUCUGUUGUUAUUAUUUGGAUCCAAAUUUUUCCAGCUUUGGUACCUAAAGUUAGGACGACAAAUCCAUAUCUAGGCACCAACGUUUGUUGUUUUUUCUUUUCCCCAGAGAUGCUGAGUAUCCACAAUUCCUCAAAUUCAGUGGGAAUUGCAGGGGCUAAGCAUCUCUGAAGAUCAGGCCACUUAUUUAAAUGCCUAAAUACAGAUGUGUCUAAAAUUAGACAUUGAAACAAAGUUGUUGACCUAUGGGGUGGUGUGACCCAGUCUCUCUCCUCAUUAUUGAGUUGAGAUCCAAGACAAAUGUCUGAAAAAUUAAAGUUUAACUCCUGAAUAAGCUUUUCCAAGUUUGCGCAAACUGCUCUAUCAUGCCCUUGGCGCACAUCGUAGUUUAUCACUUUUGGGCCAUGCUUUAAAAUCAUGACCCUUGUUGCUGUAUUUAAACCUUUUAUUUUGCUGCUGUUACUGUUCCAGUUUUUCUUUAUCCAUGUAUAGAAUCCUGGAAAUGUUGGGCUGGAAGGGACCUCAAGCGGUCGUCUGUUCUAGUCCAUCUCCUCGCACUGAAGCAAGAUUAAGUAUACCUACACCAUCCCUGACAGGUGUUUGUCUAAUCUGUUCUCUAAAACCUCCAGAGAUGGGGAUUUCAUAGCCUCCCUAGGCUCAGCCCUCCGCUCUGUCAUACCUGUAAGCUGUGGCACAGCAGCACCUGAGCAAACUUGCUGCCUUAGGACAGCAGCUGGGAGUCACAUACAGGAGCCGAGAACAGACCUGAGCCACUGCACAGAAGCUGAGGGAGAAUUAGAGAAGGGAGCCUGGAGCUAUCCUGUACCCCUUGACGGAGGCCGGGAGACUCAGAGAGAAGCCCUGAUCUGAGCGCCAAGCAGCAAGUUCCUCUUGUACCUCUGAGCCUCCUGCUCCCUUCCUUUGUCCUGCAGGCCUGGGGGAAAUGAGCAUUUCAUCUGAGCAUCGAUCCCUGGGGAAACAAGUCACGAGCAGUCUACAAACGCUGUCACCAAUCGUGGAGUUAAACAUUGGCGGGGAGGUGUACACAACAACGCUAAGCACCCUGAAGAAACACCCUGGCUCCAAGCUGGCAGAGAUGUUUACUGGCCAGCCCAAGCUCAGGACUGACUCAGAGGGAAGGUUCUUCAUUGACAGGCCAGGCACCUAUUUUAAGUACAUCCUGGAAUACCUCCGCAGUAACCAGGUGCCCACCCAGUGCAUCCAGGAUGUAUAUAAAGAGGCAUUGUUCUAUGACAUUGAGCCUCUGGUCAAGCAGCUGGAGGACUCCCCUCAGAUUUUUGGGGAAGUGGUGGCAAGGAAGCAGUUUCUGGCCCACGUGCCCAACUACAGCGAGAACAUAGAGCUGAUGAUUCGCAUUGCCAGGGCGGAGGCGGUAGCCUCCCGCCAGUCCAGCGUCACAGUGUGUGUGGUCAGGACCGAGGAGGAUGCAGCCAAGUGUCACGAUGCCCUGAACAGCUUGGACAUGGAUAAGAAAUCGGUGGUGAAGUUUGGCCCCUGGAAGGCAACGCCGAGCAUUUCUGACCUGUUGGAUUGCAUUAAAAUGGACAUUGAAGCCAAAGGAUACAAGAUUUCCUUCCAGCCCCACGUCACGGAGAAAGGCUUCCGGAUCAAAUCCUACGUCUUCUUCUACAAAUUUCUGUUCAUCUGGUGGUAGCAAAAGGGAAGGGUUAGCAGUGAUUUUUAAAUGGCUAUUAAAAUAAAUAGACUUCUGUUGUUUUAAUACAGAAAAUCUCUCAGAGAUCAGAUUCUGGGAUCUGGCCAAACUGCACACCUCACAAGUUGAGAUGUGUGUGCAACGAGAAUGUAAAUCCUCCCUGCCCCCAUGCUAUUCCAAAACUGAGUCUAUCGUGUAUAGGCCUGGUCUUCCAGUGUAAGUCAGAGCAGCCUUAAACUGAUUGCUAACAGCCCCAAGGGGCUGAAACCACAUUCAGGGGACCAGAGCAGUAGAGGGUGUCAUCCUCUUUACUCUGACCUCAUUCUGUGCAAGCAGACAGAGCUGCGGGUAGUGUAGCCUCUACACCAGCUCUGGGGCAAUCGUCCUGGGACUGAGUUAACCAGAUUUACAGCCAGAAACAGCUGUCAGUGCAGUGCAAAGUAGCCACAUUGGAGGGUCUGGUACAGAAUUUUUACUGUUGCUACACAUAUACGAUAAUAGGCAAAAUGAACUUUGCUUGGCUUCCAGAUCCCAGGUCAUGUUUGCAGUACUGGGGGGAAAUCAUCUUUGUAAAGCAGCAAAUCAGGUCUGGAAGUGUCAUUGAGAGAGGAAUAGCUCUGAUUGAACUAGCAUGCUCAAGUACAAUGUAGUGAGAGUGGCAGGAGGGGCUAACUGCCAUGAGGACAUGCCCCUAUGAGGCCCUAGAAACGUAGUCAGGGUGGCUAACCCAUCCUGCAGCUUGCCCUGCCAUGGCUACAUUCUAUUUUUAGUGGACUAGCUCUGUGGGAAUUCACACAGGUAUGACUUCUUGAGGAGGGAAUCACACAGCCCCAGCUGCCACGGCAGACAUACUCACUGUCUCUCAGCUACAUCUGCGUAUGUUCAAUUAUAUGGCUUCAGUUGAAGGCAUUAUAUAAGCACAUGCAACUCAGGGACUGCUGGUGAACUUUGGGGCAAGUGGGGCAUAGCAGAAACCCCCAGGGCUCCCCCACACCACAAUGGCCCCCUCCCCUGACUUAGUCCCAGAACUCUGGCUGCUCUUCUCCUCCCCAUCAUUCCCACCUUGCUUAGCCCUGGCCUCUGAAGUCUCCCUCCUUUCCCCCUCCCUUCACCUGAAUUCCUCCUUACUCCCCCAGCCACACUUCCCCAUUAGUCCUAAGCCCCAGAGGCUUCUUCACCUCCUAGGCCUGGAGUGACUGACAAGAUUUACCCACUCAGCAGAGUGGAUCUUCUCCUGAGCCUCUUGUCUUUCUUCUUGAUUCCCUGGGGCCUCCCACAGCUCCUUGUCAAUUUCUCCUGCCGCUUCUCCUCUCCUACAGACUGUGCAGUCAAGAUCUGAGAGGAAGCAAGCAGUGAGGAUUUUGAGUGGGGUUUGUGGUGCUGAAUUCACUGCCCAAGCCACAGGCUGCAAUGACUGCAGAGCGCCCUGAAGCCUUUGGUGGGGGUGGGGCAGUGCCCUGACGCCCUCUAUACAUGAGCUGCCACUGAACCCACUGGGAGCUGUGCUCGCUCUUGCCAAGGCAAAAUUUGGCCCUCUGCUGAGAAAACCAAUGCUCUAGGACAGAGGUUCUUAACCUGGUCCAUACCAGGACCUUGUGUUAAAACAGUUAAGGUUUCAGGACCCCUACCUCUCUUCUAGCUGUAAAGAAAAAGGAUGUCAAUGCCCAGGUUGACAACCCAUUCUCUAGCAAAUAUUAUUAUCAUUGAUUAUUUGUAUUGUGGUAGCACUAGGAGCCCCAGUCAUGAACCAGGUCCCCAUUGAGCUAGGUGUUGUACAAACACAGACCAAAAAGAUGGUGUCUGCCCCAAAGGUUUUUCCAGUUUAAGUUGAAUGUGUUCUACUUGUUAAUGUAGCAGUGUUUAGCUAUUUUUUGUGCCAUCAGUUACAUAUCUUUGAGUGCUACCAAUGAAUAUGUGCAUCAGGAGACACAAUGAAACCCUACGAUGAUUAUUAGAUGGAAGAGUCUCAUAAGGUACUUCCAGUAGUACAAACUACAGUCCAGUUCCUACAGUCGCUACUAAAGCAAAACUCCCUUCGACUUCUGUAAAAUUUUGCCUGAGUAGGGGGUGCUGGAUUGGGUCCUCUAUUGUUUUUUAAAACCUUAAUAUUCACAAAUUUAUUUUUAAUUUAUUUUUAUACUCAAGACAGCUGAUGAUUUUUAAUUAUUUACUACCCCAGGAAUAUCUGAAAAUCAUAUUGGUUAUUCUAGAUCAUGGUUAUGUUUACUUUUGCUCUUGAAAUAUGGGGGUUGCCUCCUAUAAAGGACAAUAUGUGUUUUGGGAUACUAAUUAAAUACACUUUUAAAAGCCUCUUUGCAUAGUAUAAAUCUACC